AGUCUCCCAAUAACUGAAACCCACUUCAACUCUACGCUUGCUCCAACUCUGAUUGAGCCGAAGACUCACUAGACCAACGAUCGACCACUAGGGUUAGUUCACCCAGUGAAGAAUAACACGACUUUGAAAUUAUGAUUUUGGUUCGGUAAAUCAUUUGUGGGAAAUUCUUCGUCCUCCUCGACACCAAAUCGAUCUUCGCCCAAUAGAUCGCUGAUGGCCGGCGCUGGAAUUCUCUCCGGCGGCGAGCAGCGGAAGCGACAGGUUUGGCGUCGUGAGCGGUGGCUUGUAGCCCUAGGAAUUGCCCUCCACGCCAUUUACAUGCUCAGCAUCUUUGACAUUUAUUUCAAGACCCCCAUCGUCCACGGCAUGGACCCGGUGCCGCAGCGCUUCCCCGCGCCCGCCAAGCGGCUCGUCCUACUCAUUGCGGAUGGACUGCGAGCUGACAAGUUCUUUGAGCCGGAAUCUGAUGGGAGGUUUAGGGCACCAUUCCUGCGUAGCGUGAUGCUGGAGAAGGGUCGGUGGGGGGUAUCACACGCGCGGCCGCCUACUGAGUCGAGGCCCGGACAUGUGGCCAUUAUUGCUGGAUUUUACGAAGAUCCCAGCGCUGUCACCAAAGGAUGGAAAGCUAAUCCUGUUGAGUUUGAUUCAGUUUUCAAUCGCAGUAGACACACAUUUGCUUUUGGUAGUCCGGAUAUUAUCCCAAUCUUCUGCGGUGGUUUGUCUCAUAGUACUUGGGGUUCAUACCCCCAUGAAUUCGAAGACUUUGCAACUGAUGCAUCUUUUCUGGAUCAGUGGUCUUUUGAUCAAUUUUACAGACUUCUGAACAGGUCCUAUGAUGAUAAUAAAUUAAGGGAGCUGCUUCAGGAGAAUAAUGUUGUCAUAUUUUUGCAUUUGCUUGGUUGUGAUACAAACGGCCAUGCACAUAGACCCUACUCCUCGAUAUACCUGAAUAACAUUAGAGUUGUUGAUCAGAUAGCAGAGAAAGUUUACAAUCUUGUUGAAAACUACUUCAAAGACAACAAAACAUCUUAUAUUUUCACAGCAGAUCAUGGGAUGAGCGACAAAGGAAGCCAUGGGGAUGGACAUCCUACAAACACGGACACACCGCUUGUAGCUUGGGGGGCCGGUAUAAAGGGUCCUAAACCGCUAUCCCAGAACCAUCAACCUGAUAACAAUUUCCGUUUUGUUGAUGACCACAAACAUGACAGUCCUACCCCUUAUGAAUGGGGCCUUACCGGCAUAGAAAGAGUUGAUGUAAAUCAGGCUGAUAUAGCACCUCUAAUGGCCACACUUGUUGGUUUGCCGUGCCCAGUCAAUUCGGUUGGCAAUUUACCACUGCAGUACCUUCAAUUGAAUAAGGAAGACGAAGUUGAAGCUGCUCUUUCAAAUACAAAAGAAAUUUUAAAUCAGUUUCUUCGCAAGUCACAGCUAAAGCAGUCGAGUUCACUUCAAUUUAAACCGUUCAAGCCAUUGACAAAUUAUUCCUCUGUUCUUGGUCAAAUUGAAGAUUUCAUAUCUGCACAUGAUUAUGAACCUGCAAUGAAAUUGUCUGAAAAUCUCAGAAGAUUAUCCUUGGCCGGAAUUCACUAUUUUCAAACCUAUGAUUGGUUUAUGCUGAUGAGCACUGUUACGCUUGGUUAUGUUGGAUGGAUGAUCAAUCUUAUUUUACACAUACUGCAGUCAUACACGUUAUUGUCAAGAAACCUUUUUGUGAAGAAAAAUCGAACACCACCUCAGGGAAGUAUAAUGAAGAAAGUUUAUGUUGCUGGAAGCCUAUUAAUGGGAUUGAUUUCUGUUAUACUCCUUGUGGAGAAAUCUCCUAUGCUUUAUCAUGCUUAUGCUGCAAUGACAGUUUUUUUGUGGACACGAAUUUUUAGUAAAGUUAAUCUAUUGAAAGUGAUAUGGAAACUACUCAGCAAGAGACCUUUAAAAUCAAAUUUAAAUCUGCUAGCGACUUUUGCUCUUACUUUCUUUAUUCUUGAGCUCCUGGUGACUAGCUUCUUCGAGAGGAAGCUGUAUACUUGGUGCUUUCUGUUUGUGGGAGUUUUUACUGCAAUUUUUAUGGUUAAAUUUGCUCCACAGAGAUUUCUUAUGGCAGCAUAUGUUUUGGUGGCCUGUUGUUUUUUAUCUAUAUUUACUCUAAUGCCAGCAGAAAUUCCUGAGAAUACCCACUUAGUCGUCGCUAGUGGAGCUUUUAUUAUCCUUGUGGCACUGUCUUCAAUUUUGUUUGAAGCAAAAAGUGAAGGCGACAAUUUUAAGCAACUAAUUGCUCAGUCUGAUAGACAUAAGUUGAGAUUUCCAGUUCUAUUCUAUGCUCAGGUCCUUUUAGUUGGGUUAUCUUCCGUGAUGGUGAUAUUAUCCACCAGCCAUAGAGCUGAGAAAAGAGAGCUGCUUGCGAUACACCAGUUUGUUAAUUGGUUAAUUGCUGGAUUAUCAAUGAUUCUUCCAUUAUUUUCAAAGCCUGCUCUCUUGACCCGCCUCACUUCUAUAUUUUUAGGCUUUGCUCCUACCUUUCUCCUCUUAUCAAUCGGAUAUGAAGCUGUCUUCUACAGCGCUCUUGCUUUAGUACUCAUGGGAUGGAUUUUGGUAGAAUGUACAUUACUGAGUUUGAGUAUGGGCAAAAAAUCUCCUUUCAUCGGAAAUCUUGAAGACAAGUUGAUCAGUCAACAUGAUACUUUUUUAAUUCUAUCACACAUCAGGAUUCCGUUGGCUUUUAUGAUUUUGUUUAAUGUCGCCUUCUUUGGAACCGGUAAUUUUGCGAGCAUUGCAAGUUUUGAGAUAUCAUCUGUUUACCGAUUCAUGACAAUCUUCAGUCCCUUUCUCAUGGCGGCAUUGCUUAUAUUCAAGUUGUUUAUUCCAUUUAUGCUUGUCAUAUGCGUCUUCAGUGCUCUGACAAAGCUUCUUCAUGUUCCACGCUUAGGCUGUUAUUUCCUCGUAAUACUGCUUUCUGAUGUGAUGACGAUACAUUUCUUUUUCCUGGUUCGAAAUACAGGAAGUUGGAUGGAAAUCGGCAACAGCAUCAGCCAUUUUGGAAUCGUGAGCGCUCAGGUUGUUUUUAUACUGCUUCUUUUUGCUCUUACAAAUAUUUACACAAGGGAUAUUGAGGUUAGGUCUAUCCCAUCUUUAUCAAGGAAGAAAAUGUAGCAUUUAUGGUGAUAUGCUAAAUUUUUUUUAUUUA